AUGGCGUCGAUCAGGUCUCUAGGCUUGCAUCAGCCCUCGGGUCUCCAGUAUGCUAUCAACGAACAGAUUCUCCCCCAAAACCCUCCGACCGACUCAUACAAAUGGAGUAUCCUCCCCGAUGAUACUGGAAAUGGCCUGUUCGAAGAUGAGCUUCUCGUCACCAAGGAUGCUGUCGUAUGGAGCCGCGGCGGCAUCAUCCAGAAGUCGUACCGGUUCCACCUCGAGAAGGAGCCUAUUGUCCAUGCCCUCUUCACCUACUUCCCGGCCUCGGAGGACGAAAAGAAGGAUUCCUUAGAUAUGAAAAAUGAAGACCAAAGGAAGAACCCCGGUCUGGAAAAGGCCCUCGUGGUCUUCCUAAAGACCCAGGCGCACAUCUACUUCCUGUCUGGCACCAACCACAUCGUCCACAUGCCCUUUGAAGUCGAGUCCGCCUGUGCAGCUCCAGUAGGUGUCAUUAUACAGAGGAAUCAAAGACCUGAGAGUGCCGCUUCUAUGUCACUCAAGAUGCCUCGCGUUCCGCCCAACUCUUUCGUUUCGUCACAAUUGACGGUCUUCACCAGCUCGCAGCAAUCAACCUUUUCCAUCGAGAAUCUAGGAAAUCCCAAGCCGCUCAAGCUUGGCCUUGGAUCCACACUUGGGCAGGUUUGGGAGGCGAAUACGAAACCUGUCGAUACCCAUUGGCCUCGUCUGGUGUCACUGACGGACCCAUUGCUCGACAUUGGCCUGGUUGUGACCAACACGGGAGCCGAGCCGGCCAAGAGGGGGAAGAAGGCCCCUCCGAAGAAACCAGUCUUCCUCGAUCCUUCACACGAAGUCCUGCACAUCGAAAACAUUUCCCUGCCCGGCGCAGAGCCGUUAGUACUGGCUGUCACCAUUAAUCGCGAGGCUAGCAUCUACACCGUGUGGCGUCUCAACUAUCUGGAACACAAGGACCCUUUUGUUCGUCAACAGAAGAAAUCAAGGCGGAGAAGUACCCUCAGGAGAAGCUCGAUUCAACCGGGACUCGCCGGUGGUGCAACAACGCCGCUAAAUGCUACUUUUCGCGAAAGCUUCGGAGCACAGGCACCGCUCCAGGCACCGCCUCCGGCAUCAGUUGUUAGAAAGCGGACGAGGAAGGCAGACAAGGGGAACAAACCUCUCGACUUGGUCUCCUCAAUCGAACAACAAGACAAGGAGAGCAAAGAUGUGACCCGUCGCAGUUCCCGGCGUGUCAGCUCCAUGCUUGCCAGAGCCGAUCUAUCGGCCUCACAUGAGAGGUCUGCCUUUCUAGAACAGCCAUCUGUCACGGCGCACGCAACAUCUCGAAAGCACGACUCGAUCGGCAGCCAUGCUGGGCGUUUGAGCUCGAGCCAUAAUCACCAAUCUCAUCUUAGUCUGGGGAGCUUACUAGAGGCUCCUUUUGACAUGGGCCUCGACGAAGGCCUUAACAAUAUGGGCCUGGAUGACCACGGACUCGACGGACUCCAACAUGAGAUUAUGCUUUCAGAGAUCCAUAGUGUUGACAUGGAAAGCAACAGCUUCCACUACUCGACAGCCGAGUCGGCCUCCAAAUCUAAGCCGAGAGUUUUCGUCUUGACAGCCCCUCCCUUUGCAAGCAACGAGCGUUCGCGGAGUCAGCUCCUUGUCGGUAUCCAGGAUGCAGAGGACAAACGCCUGCAGCUGAUGGUGCUCCACCUCCGCUUUCAGCAGCCCAAGCGUACCAGGGGGGUCUCAGCUACUGGCCCUGCAACUGUGUCUAUUACACCAGGUGAGCUACGGGUGGCUCAGAAUGUCGUGGACUCUACCAAGCUUGUCGAUGGGGACCAGUCAGUCGUCCUCGUCUUGUCCGAGUCCAUGGAUGGCCGCCAUGAGCUCAGUAUCCAGGCUCCCUGGAGAGAACUCACGAAGAUAUCUGUCUCGACGCUUUUCGCAGAGAGCACAAGAAGUCUCUUCUACGCAGGCAGAAGUAUUCACCGAGACGUUAAGAACCGCAAGUCUGAAGUUGUCGACUUCUCCAAUGGUAGCAUCGUUGGCGUCCGCCAUCCUCGUGCUAGAGGCGUCGUCGAUGUUUUGGACACCGAGGGCCGACUUCACCAGUUGCGCAUCCAGCUCCAACCAUCAUCGCCACAAGUCGCAAAGGUCCUUGAUGUUUGCGCGAGUAUCCUCCCUGAUUCUGUGGGCGAGCGCGUUCAUGCCGGAUGGUUCCACGUCAUGCAGUGGCUCGAAAGCUGCCCAGACACGCUGGCUAACUUUGAGUGGUCCGCCGUCACCAUCCUCCUCCUCUCUAUAUUCCUCAACCUGGGACGCAAAGAUGCGACACAAACUUUUAGGGUCACACGCUCUUCUCCUCGGAAGCGGAGGCCAGCAUCGGGGACGUUUGGCUCUAUCCGAGACUCGGACGACUGGAAGGCCCUCGAGGCGGGCGAGACUGUCAAUUCACUAGGAUGUCCUCCCUGGAUGAUGAACAGAGGCUGGGACUGGGCUCUUGACGAAGAUGCCGACGAUUCCCUGUCCCCACACACAGGCCAGAGUACAUCGCCCAAAUUCAUCUCGCGACACAUAACCCUAGCCAAGGAGUUUCUGAGCUCCCCCGUUGGCGACGCGGCCGUCGGACAUGGAGGGUUCCUACCGACAGCGCUAAGCAAGACGCCAGAGGCAAGACGUAAGAGCGCUGUUGAUAUCUUCAUGGCGCUGCAUCUUCUACUUGAAGAGGAGAAGUUGGAUAUCAUGACGCCCGAGUACAACUCGCCUGGUCGUACGGACCUACGUGUUGUUCUCUGUCAAAUUGGUAGAUGGCUCGGCUGGCAGGAGUUCUGGACAAUCUACGAGCUGGGAAUUCAGGAGGACAUUGACCAACGUCAUGAUACCGAAGUUCAAAUCAUCCCUCCCAUAAGCCAACCGCCCGUUCGACCAGAUAUCCUGCAUUGGGUACAGUCUCGACUGAUCACAGAUGACAGGGAGCCAUACCCAACGCCACGAGAUGUCUUCUAUUCAAGUGCGCGACUUGCCGAAGCUGAUACCAAGUGGGACCAGAGGUGGGACGACAUUGUUCCCCGGACUCUCACCUUCAAACGCUUCUUCAAGGCCCUCAAGCGUGGUGCCACGGCUGUCGAGAUGGUUGAGGCCAUGCAGCAAUGCGGCAUGACACCACAUUUUCUCGAGACCCUGCCCGAGGCUGUCCUCGUACCGCUACAGGAUGCCAUUGCGCUGUGCCAGCCUAGACCACCAAGCUCCUGGUCCAGUGAGCUGCUAGAGCUCGUGAAGAGAACGGACAUAAGUCUCGUUCUGACGCCCGGAAAGCGACCGCGGACAGGAAUGGCGAGCAUCCUUACUCCUACUCACGUGGCGAGCCGCGACUACAAGCUACUGUGCCAGACCGUCGAAGAAUCCAAUAGCAUCGGAUAUGACGAGGGCGACGGAACGGAGCGUCAGGCCGUCAUCCGCGCCCUGUUCAAGGAGGACAGGCGGUUGAACGAAGUGCAGACCCUUCUCUCGACACACAAGGCGCGUGUGGUGAGCUUCCAGCCGGAGCCAGAAUGGACAGAGAGCGUCUAUCUAGAGAAACAAAAAGAGUUUGUCUCGAGGAUAGCAACAGGGACUCUGGCCAUCCCUUCUGGGCGUGCCAUGCUCUACUACAGUCUCCGAUAUCCGCUCAUCACGCAGGAGUUCCACAUUGGAGGCUUCAACUUGAACUGCAUUGUCAAGCCUGCCAACGUCACGGUCGGCGUGGACAAGUCUCACUUCACUGAGGAGAAGGUGUGCUGGGGGUUCUUCCACCAGGGCGUUGCAGCCGGACUCGCCAUUUCCCCGCAGGCAAAGGGUAUCGACUCGUCUUGGAUUCUUUACAACAAACCUGGCGGUCAGGAUCUGAGCAAUCGACAUGCUGGCUUCCUGCUCGCUCUUGGCCUUAAUGGCCACCUCAAGGGCGUUGCCAAGUGGGUGGCAUUCAAGUACCUUACGCCUAAGCACACCAUGACGUCGAUUGGUCUCCUCCUGGGCCUUGCGGCUUCGUACCUGGGCACAAUGGACUCGCUCAUCACGCGACUCUUGUCGGUCCAUGCUACUCGUAUGCUGCCACGCGGAGCCGCCGAGCUCAACUUGUCACCCCUCACGCAGACGUGCGGUAUCAUGGGCAUCGGCCUACUAUACUGCAACAGCCAGCACCGACGGAUGAGCGAGAUCAUGCUGUCAGAGAUUGAGCAUAUCGACGAGGGUGACGAAGAGGAGCCUCUUCGGAGCGAAUGCUACCGUCUCGCCGCCGGCUUUUCUUUGGGCCUGAUCAACCUCGGUAAGGGCAGCGAUCUCAAAGGUCUGUAUGACCUCAGGCUCACGGAGAAGCUCAUCAUGCAUGCUACCGCGACGAAGAAUGUGGAGAUUGUGCACAUCCUCGACCGCGCGGCUGCUGGUGCCGUGAUGGCCAUUGCCCUGAUAUUCAUGAAGUCGGAGGAUGCCAUUGUAGCACGCAAGAUUGACGUGCCAGCGUCGGUGCUGCAGUUUGACUAUGUGCGCCCCGACAUUCUGCUCCUACGCACAGUGGCAAAGAACAUCAUCAUGUGGUCCAAGAUCCAGCCCACGUUUGCGUGGGUCGAGGAGAGCCUCCCGGACGAGUAUCGUGCACGACAUGGACUCCAGAGCACGACGAAGCUCCAGUCUACCGACCUGCCCUUCUUCAGCAUCCUGGCCGGCAUCUGCCUGUCUAUUGCCCUUCGUUUCUCGGGAAGCGCCGCACUCAAAGUGCGUGACCUUCUUCUUCACUACCUCGACCACUUCAUCCGCAUCACCCGUAUCCCGUCCAGCCAAAAGGAUAAUCCGGACGCUCCGCCGCCAUAUGAUGAGGAGCUGGCGAGGGAGAAUGCUCGCAUGUGUCAGGACGUGCUGGCCCUGUCGGCGUCGAUAGUCAUGGCCGGAUCGGGCGAUAUCCCCGUACUACGUCGCUUACGAUCCCUGCACGGACGCGACGAUCCAGACACGCCGUACGGGUCCCACCUCGCAGGACACCUGGCCAUAGGCGCGCUGUUUCUGGGCUGCGGCACGGCGACGUUUGGCAGCAGCAACCUGGCGAUUGCGUCGCUCCUGAUAUCCUUCUACCCCAUAUUCCCCAACGAUGUUAUGGACAAUAGGUCUCACCUCCAGGCGUUCCGCCAUUUCUGGGUGCUAGCGACAGAGCAGCGAUGCCUGGUGGCCAAGGACAUCCUGACGGGCCAGCCCAUCUCUGUUUCGGUGAUUAUCCAGCUCAAGAACAGCCAGCCAUCACCUACCGUCCGCCGCACGACGCCAUGCCUCCUCCCGCCGCUGGACCAGAUCUCACGCCUGACGACCGACUGCGGAUCGCAGUUUUGGGAUAUAGAGGUGGACUUUGAUAAGGACGGCAUGCGGGAGGCCUUCACCAAGACACAGAGCAUCUACCUACGACGCCGACCACCGCGCGAAGGGGCAUUCACAUCGACGCUGGGAGCCCUGGGCAGGGACGGUCGCGACGACACGCCGCUCGAAUGGUUAUUCGGACUCGACUCCCUGCGCGAGGUGACGCACGCCGAGCGAGCAGCCAUGAUGCAGAACAGCACGGCGAGUGACGAGCAGGAGUCUGGUGGACGAGCGCUAGAUGCCAGGAUGGAGAUAGAGAGGGGCAUCGAGUACGGCGGAGACAGGGAGAGGCUGGAGAGUGCACGCGUACUGUUCGAAUGGGGUGCUGCUCGCGACGAGCUCCUCCGGCCGGGUGCUGCCGCUGCCGAUAUAUACGACAGUAUGGCGACGGAGAAGGCGGAUGGGGAUGAAGAUGGAGCACAUGAUAUCCAAGGGACGUGGUGGAUGAGAGACAGCGUUAUAGAGGGACUCAAGGGGAAAGUGAUGCUUGUUGGGAGAGAUGCAGAACAAGGGUAG